CCGCGCGCUCCGCUCGUCUCGGCGUCUCCAUUUUCGCAGUCGAUAUCGCGUUGCGAAAAAAUAUUUCGUGUAUCCCGUGCGUGUUUUGCAUCCAGCUCAUGGCUCCAAAAGUGUACCUCGGAAUUAAAACUUAGUAAAGUGCCAAAAUGGAAUAAUGUACGAAUAAAAAUGUGAAAUGUACAGUGAAGGAAAAAGUUUUUGCUGUGUUACGGAUAUUUAGUUUUUAUUUUCAAUAUGCCAGUACUUCUAGUUUUUGGACUUUUUGUGGUGAUAGCCACGGCACACAACAUAACAUUCCUGGAGGUUCCUCGAUACGGCGACCCCCACCAAGAAGCGAACCUGAUCUGCCACUAUAUGAACGACCACGAUGACCCGGCCUUACACUCCGUCAAGUGGUACAGAGGCAACAAUGAGAUAUUCCGGUUCACGCCAGGCCAACAGCCACCGACGAGGACAUUCAACUCGACUGCCGGGGGCGUGUCCAAAGGCAGCUGCAACCUGAACAGCUGUGCCAUCAGCGUAGUGCUGCCGAGGAACUAUAACACGAAGCUGUCCUUCACGUGUGAGGUCUCCACUGAAGGCCCAAGGUUCGCUGUCGUUAAGCAGACGAAGAAUUUAACUGUGGCUGUGACGUUAAAAGAAGACCCAGUGAUCACAGGCAUCCCGGGUACAGUGCAGCUCGGGGAGGAUGUGCUGCUGAACUGCACCACGCAGCCGGCCAUGCCGCCCGCUAAUAUUGUGUGGUACAUUGAUGGACGACCUGAUAGAACGGAGCUAGGCCUCCUAAACAACACACAAGUUUCCUCAGCCAAUGACUUCGGCCUCCGGUCGAGUUGGCGGUCCCUUCGGCUAAGGGUGGCCACAUCCAGGGGCUUCAUGGCCUUACGCUGUGAAGCCACUCAGCCCACGUGGCCUCCUUACACGAAGGCCACUAAUGCGACCCUGGUAGUUGCGAGGUCGCCACAUUUGUCUAUGUUUACAGCUGCUGGUUCAAGCUCAACCAUAUUGGAAGCAACAGUAUUGAUAGUCGCGAUGUGCAUCUCAGUACAUAUAUUUUCUAAUUACAGUGCCUUGAGUGAAGUCUAAUCGAUGCUGUAGGUGUCAGCUUAAGUAUCGAGCGAUUAGUAUAGUUAGAUAUCAAUUGUAUCACUUGCCAUGUUUACACGGAAAACAGAAGAAGAAUUAUAAAAAUAAGGAACGAGAGUGAUUUGCAAUCAGGAAAGAUUUAUUGCUCAAGCGUUGACGAGUGUGCAACCAUUUCAAAAGAUGAUCUCAUUAUUGUCUGAGCUAGUUCUCUCUAACGUUUUCCAACACCACUCUCCUAGAUUCCACUGUUCGCCUAGUACCACUUCACAAAUACGCUAAGCGACGUAAAAGCACAAUUAUGUGCAAAACUGAAUGAGACGAUCGUUAGUGUAAAAGUACCAUAAUAAUACACUAUCCAUCCAAGUACUGCAUCUACAUAGAUAAUGACAGCAGUUAGUGAUUUGUGGGGAACGGAAAACAGUAUUUUUCUUCUACCUUUGCUCGGAUUCUUCUCUUGUAAAUAUCAAAAAUGUUUCAAGUAAAAAUAAAAAGCAUCCCCAUUUGCAAGGAAAAAUAAGUAACCGUUAAAUUAUACGCUUUAUCAUUCACAUUCAACAUCAAAGAAUUUUACUCUCAAAGAAUAAAUAAAUUCUCGAAUUAUAAAUAUUUAUACCCAUACACGUUCUGUACUAUGCAGAGCAUCAAAGAGUCUCCGUAUCAAUUGUAUCGUCGUAAAUACAUAACACGAACAAUCGUAGGAACAUUCAGUGAUCUUUUAUUUCCGUUCACCAUUCAAUAUUUAUGAAUUCCUGGUACAUACAAUCAAGUGUGAGUCUCUUUUCGCGUGUAAACAUUGUAUGCGUAGCUGUGUUAUUCGUUUGUGGAAAAUGCAACGCGAAAUGUUCUUGUUUGGAUAGUUAGGGAAUGUGUAUUGUUUCAUUAUUCUAUUUCACCAGGUAAAGUUUACUUACAUGAUUUGAAUUUCUAAUUCGUAUUCAUGUCCAAUGGGAGAACCGGAGAACAACGUAUAAGCGAUGAAUUAUUGGUGGUUAUUAUCUGUUCUGCUGCUCGCUAAAUCACCAAAAAUAACAUCUAUUUGGAUCCUGGCCAAGGUUUAAUAAUAAUUAGAUAACACGUGAAUACUAUUUGUAUCGAAAGUAAUUAAAAUUUGGUUAAUUGAAAGAAAUAUAAAUUAAUGACACUAAUUUAUGAAACGUGCAAUUUUGACUUUAACUGCAGUUCCAACUAAAACACCAAUUUAAAAUCAACUACACAGUGCAUACGUAACCAGGGCGGCAGAACCGAUGUGGAGUAAAAACAACACAUUUGAAAUUAUGUUAAUAUUUGAGUUUGCAUCGUCCGCAGUGUCUGUAAUAGGCUUUGCAAUGGUGCUGGGGUAUUCGCGCCUCAAGCCUUUGUCAGGUCCCAUAAGCUUUUAUACAGCACUUUGACCGUACCUCCACUGUUUUACUCGCAAUAAUGCGCUGUUUUCUGUUAUCACAUUUAUUUUUGAUGUGAUGUGAGUUUUCAUGGCGGUAGGUAUGAAAGUUUCCAAGUAAAAGUGGCGAUUCCAGUUGGAAGUUUGUUUUUGUUUGUUCCCCUACAAAGUAUGGCGCUGUAUUUUAGAUAGGAGUAAAUGUGAAAAUAAUGCUCAGUAAAUUAUAGAUAGGGUCGAAGUUUUAUUAACGUUUUUAUAUAAGUAUUUAUUAACGAUGGAACACAGCUACGUGAAAAGUGAUAAUUGUAAUAAAUAAUGUCGUAAAAAAAACAAAAUAUUAUUAUAAAAAUCAAUUAUUCUAUAAAUAGCAAGCACUGAAUUUCGAUGUUUUAUGUCACGAGAAAAAAUAAAAAUUUGUAAUAUUUACAUAUGUUGGAGGGGCUGAUGCGAAUACGAUUAAGUUAAUGUAAUGUACAGAGUAAGGCCGGGCCGCGUCGUGUUGACAGUUAAGCGUUAAACUUCAGUUUAACUUAGCCGUUAAGUUGCGGUAUAGUUUUAAAGUUAACCCACUUCAUAGUUGAUGUACUGUGAAAGUUUUCAAGUUAUGCCACAUACAGAUAUGAGCAAAAAAGUUAGGUUUGACGUAACGACGACGGCAAAUAAAAUAAGAAAAAAAAUGUGUCUUGUCUUAGGUAUUUUCUUUAUUGUCUAUUGCAGUAAUUUGACGACGUAUAUACUAUUAAGCAAAUGGGGUGAAACGAAAAAUGUCUACAAUAUAUUUUCUUGUAUUCGGCACUAUAUUAGAAUGAAUCAAAAGAGAUUUUGAUAAAGCGACUAAGAUACCAAAUACCUGUCAAAAUAUGCCGGGAAAGCUAGUAAAUGCUUUUAAUUUACACAUAAUAUUCAUUACAUAAGUUUUUCCAUAGCUUUACCUUAUAAGCCCCUUUGUUAAGAUGAAUUUAAAAUGGGAACUAUAUUUUUGCUUAAAUCCGCCAUCUUGGUUAGCUGUCAACGCGAUGACGUCAAAUUGUUGUUAGAAUACAUGUUAAAGAAAUUGUUUGUACGUUGUUAUUAUUAUGUUUUUUGUAUUUUCAUAAAUUGCUUUUGUUAGAUCAUUGUGUCAUUUAUUUUGAAAAAUAAUGUGUACUGUCCUAUUGUCUUUAUUGUUUCUGAGUGAAAGUGUUCUUUGUGAAAUAUGUUCUCCUAGUAAUGGGUGCAAGAUCCGACUGGUCACAGAGAUUAAUUAAAAGGGUUUCAAAUUCCUAUUUUGAAUAUUUCAAAUUACUUUUUAAUGAUGAUAACAAAAAGCCAUAUGAAUAGAAAAACAUCAAUGAUAUUCGCGGGCUGCGCUUUUCCAACAAAGAUCGUAUUUCAAUGAGCUACGGCAGUUGGUAGGCAACAACAUAUCUGCGUUCAAAUUUCGAACAAAAGUUUGUUUACACGGGACGGGACGUUGCGUCAACGAGAAUGUUACUCUCGUCCAAUUCAAACCAAACAGAACGUAUGAAAGCGUGUACUAGGACGAAAAUGUCAUGAAAAAGUCAAAAUUUCAAAUGGAUUUUAUUGAAAACCGAGUUUUUAUACGUUACGUCAUCCCAUGUAAAUGGAACAAGGCAUUUAUUUGCCUUGUUGUAGAAUCUAUUUUAGAGCAAUAGUUAUAACCAUUGUGUAUCUACCCAAGUAUUAGGAGAGCAGUUUAAUAAGAAGGUUUAAAUACAAAUAUUAUUCCUCUUCUAUUUUUUCAUGUCCUAACGUUCCUAUAACUCUUCUAUUGUAUAUACUUAUAUAGCAUUGUAUUACUUUGGUGCCAAACUUAGGUACCUAUUUGUUAAUAGCGAAUCACUCAAAUUCUAGACUUUGCAUUUAAAAAUGUUUUAUACAGCUGAAUGGAUGUCUGACGCGGGGUAAAAAGUUGCUUUUAUGAUUAUUUAAUGUGGCUUUCAGAAGAUGAACAAUCUAUUUAAGUAGUUAUUUUAUGAAAGGAAUAAAAAUGUAAUGAGAUCUUACGCAUGAAAUAUUUUUGCUGUCCUCAUUUCUCUUUAAAAAAUCUAACAGAAUAAGUAAACUACAAAAACGUUAUAGUUUAAAAAUACCGCAAACAAAAUCUAUUCUUCUUUUGUUUCGUAAAAAAUCUAAUUCCAGUAUUUUACAACACACGUUUGCGAAAACGCAGAUUCGCGCGUAAAACUGUAGUGACGUCAUCAAAAUUCAUGAAUCCGUACCAUCCGUACAAUCCCGUACGUAAUGUGAUUUAAAAACGACUGACGGGGCGCGGCACGGCAGCUCGUGACGUCACUACGUGUAACAUUUGAACACAUUCCAUGUUCUGCUGUAUUCCUGGUACACAUACUCGUUAAUACCAGGUGUUAGGUUUGGUUUUUAGAUCAAAAUAAAUAUACUCUUUCGGUAAUCUGAGAUUCGCAGAAAAUGUAAAUAAAACUACUUACCUAAGAUUUUCCUUUCGAUUGAAAUACAAGAAAACAUUCCAAACACUUAAUAUUCCAAGAAUUAUCUUCAAAAGUCUUAGGUAGGUAUACAGUUAUUGUUUUCUUCACGAAAAUCUCUUUCCCAAAUCCUAUCCUCAAAUCAAUUUACGAUAAAAAAUGUUUUCAACACUUUCGUUCUAAGAAUUUCUCAGAUCGAACAAUCUAGAAGCUAUAUAUUCUAGAAUUUUCUAAAGACGUCGCAUAAGGGUGUUAAUGAAGGCAUAAAUUUGAUUUCUAUCGCCGAAUUCGCACGUUCGAGCGUUCUUAACAAGGUCGAGAUACAAUGGUGUCAAAUGAUGGUGAAGUGUCGGCACAUUGUCUACAAAAUUCACUUCUUUGGGUUCGAUCUUAAGAAAAACUGGCUCGAGAGAAGUUUUAUUGGCUAUCGGAGACAAAAGUGAGGAAAAAUUUGUAGUGGAGGUACGGACAGCAAAAGUUGGUGCGGAUAGAAAGAUGUACAUUGUAUAUACAAUGUUUAUGCGACAUGAUGUAUGAAUUCAUUACUUAGGUAUUAAAGGAAAAUAAAUCUUAUGACUAUUCCAAAGGAUAAUCCAUAUAAAUAGAAAACAAAAGGGUGACCAUGUCCUUGCAGAAAUAAAAGUUACAGCCACUAGGGUGACCACAUCGCUGCAAAGGCAAAAGACCUCACAAUAACAUUAUAAUAUUUACUUCUCAAUAUUCCUUUGAAAUUAUAAUGCAUAGUUUAAGAUCCCGACAUACAUUUCUACUUCCAUUGUUACGACGGAAAGAAUUGUAUUUUUCUUCAGAGAAUGACGGAAUAUUUUGUACUGGCAAUGUUAUAAAAACAAAGUGAACUAUAAAAUGUAGUAGUUUCAAAGUUUAUUCAGUGAGUUUUCUUUGCUAAUAACAUCGUGAUAUUACAUUGUCUCCGAGAAAUGUAAAGAAGGAACAUUUCAGCUGUUUCAAACAUUUUAAUGCAGGAAUUCUUGUCACUUGUCAUGCCAAAUUAUAAAUAAAAUUAAAGUUAUUAUUGUGUAAAUUGUAUAUAAAAUUAAGACAGCUAGGUAGUUAAAGAUGUCUAAAUUUAAUAAAUCUAUAAAAAACAUCUAUUGACGACUCUUUUUGUGACUUGUUUUAAGUGAUUGGGAGAUGUUUUCAGUGUGUUCAUAACUAAUAAUUACGCUCUGUUUAAUGUUUUAAUUAUAUUUACGAAAUAGCUGUUCUCGCCAUAUAAAAUCACAGUUGUAUAUUGUUAAUUGUAUGAAUAUGUAUGUGUAUGUCAAGCCCUAUGUUUUUUACUAGCAAUAUUUUUUUACAUCUAAAAAUAUAAAAAAAUGUAUUAUACCUAUUUAUGUUAAUUAACUCUCCCAAUUUAUUUAAAAUAAAAUAAACAUUAUAAUUGUAAAAUUUGAUUUCCACGUGACUUGUAUUUUCAGUUUAUUAGUGAUCGUCCACUUUGUAUAAAUAUUGGUCAAUUUUGAACACUAUCAAAAUAUUCUGUGAUACAUUCGUUUGUUAGUUUAAUAUUGCAUUAUAUAAAUAUUAUGUAACGUAAUAUAUUGUCAUUGGGUGUCACGUUCUUAAUGGCGAUAAAUAAAUGUAUUUAAUGAAU